AUGCCGCAGAUGGCGAACGAGACACUCAAGGCGGAGUUGGGCAACGCAGCAUGGAAAUUGCUGCACACGAUUCUCGCCCGGUACCCGGAGGCGCCCGUGGAGAGCGAGAAGGUGUACCUCAAGCGCUACAUCGAGUCGUUUGCCCAGGUGUACCCCUGCGGCGACUGUGCCCGCCACUUCAUCAAGUUGCUGCAGCAGUACCCGCCGCAGAUCGGCUCCCGCAAGAGCGCUGCCAUGUGGGGCUGCUUCAUCCACAACAAGGUGAACGAGCGCUUGGCGAAGCCGCGGUACGAUUGCACGACGAUUCUCGAGGACUACGACUGCGGCUGCGGAGCAGACGAACUGCUGGGCGACGAGGGGCACGACACGCCGGAGACGAGCCCCCGCCCGGGCACCACCGGUCUGCAGGACCGCGAGAGCCGCCAGCACUUGGACAGCAUCCGCGUGGAGAGCUCCGAGGAGAGGGUGGGGGGCUAG